AUGAUGGAUUGGUCUCCAAACUUCACCUGUUUCUCAGUCACGACAUUGACGGAGUCCAACCGGAGUGGCUCCGGCUCGCCGGCUGACCUCCUCGGGGCCGGUGGAUCCUUGUCGGUGUUCAGCGUGCUCGUCUUGACUCUGUUAGCCAUGCUGGUGGUGGCCACUUUCCUCUGGAACGUGCUGGUGCUGGCUACCAUCUUGAGGGUGCGCACCUUCCACAGGGUGCCCCACAACCUGGUGGCCUCCAUGGCCAUCUCGGACGUCAUGGUGGCCGCCCUGGUGAUGCCCCUUAGCCUGGUGCACGAGUUGUCCGGGCGGCGUUGGCGGCUGGGGCAGCUCCUGUGCCAGGUGUGGAUCUCCUGCGACGUGCUGUGCUGCACGGCCAGCAUCUGGAACGUCACCGCCAUUGCCCUGGACCGCUACUGGUCCAUCACCCGCCACCUGGAGUACACGUUGCGUACCCGCCGGCGCAUUUCCAACAUCAUGAUUGCUCUCACCUGGGUCCUCUCUGCCAUCAUCUCCUUGGCGCCGUUGCUGUUCGGCUGGGGAGAGACGUACUUGGAGCACGAUGAAGAGUGUAAGGUCAGCCAGGAGCCGUCCUACACCAUCUUCUCCACCUUUGGAGCUUUCUACCUGCCCCUCUGCGUGGUGCUGUUUGUGUACUGGAAAAUCUACAAGGCAGCCAAGUUCCGCAUCGGGUCCCGGAAGAGCAACUCCAUCACUCCCAUCACACCUGAAGCCCUAGAGGUCAAGGGAGCCUCUCAACAACCCCAGAUGGUGUUCACCGCCCGCCACGCUACAGUGACCUUCCAGACCGACGGGGACACGUGGCGGGAACAGAAGGAGCGGAAAGCGGCCCUGAUGGUGGGCAUCCUUAUCGGGGUCUUUGUGCUGUGCUGGAUCCCCUUCUUCAUCACAGAACUCAUCAGUCCGCUCUGCUCCUGUGACAUCCCGCCCCUUUGGAAGAGCAUCUUCCUCUGGCUCGGCUACUCCAAUUCCUUUUUCAACCCGUUGAUCUACACGGCCUUCAACAAGAACUACAACAACGCCUUCCGGAACCUGUUCUCAAGGCAGCCGUGA